AUGACGCUCCAACCAUCUAAGGGCUUCACCAGACACCAGUUCUGCCAGGGGCUGGAUCUUGGACCUCUCACCUUCCAGAACUAUGAGAAAGAGACGUCUGUUGCUAUACUUUUCCAGGUUUAUAACAAAGCUCAGAAAAUGCUAAAGCUUAAAGGAGAAUUGAGAAGUGCCAAGGGAAUGAAAGAUGAGGUGGAGAAAAGAGACAGAGAAGUGAGCAGCCUGAGCAGCAAGCUCUUGAGCCUGCAAGUUGACAUCAAGAAUCUACAUGAUGUUUGCAAGAGGCAGGGGACGACUUGGCAGGAGAAUCAGCUCUGUGCGGAGGAGGCGAUGAUGAACAGCAUCCACAAUAAAAAGGAAGCAUUAGCAUUCGAAUCACAGAUGGAGUUUGGGUCCAGUAAGCAGUGUCAUCUGAGACAACUCCAGCAACUCAAGAAGAAAUUGCUGACCCUUCAACAGGAGCUGGAGUUUCGCACGGAGGAGCUGCAGACCUCUUACUGUUCCCUCCUGCAGUAUCAGUCCAUCCUGGAGAAGCAGACUUCAGACCUGGUUGUUCUUCACCACCACUGCAAACUGAAAGAAGACGAGGUGAUUCUCUAUGAGGAAGAAAUUGGAAAUCACAAUGGGAACACAGGAGAGAAGCUCCACUUGGCACACGAGAAACUCGCCUUGGCCGGGGACAAGAUCGUCUCCCUAGAAAGAAGCUUAAACCUCUACAGGGAUAAAUACCAGGCUUCCCUAAGCAACAUUGAAUUACUGGAGUGUCAAGUCAAGAUGUUGGAGGGGGAGCUCAGCGGGAUUGUCAGUCAGGAACCCGAGAACAAGGGUGAUCAUUCAAAGGUGCGUAUAUACACCUCCCCCUGCAUGAUUCAAGAGCAUCAGGAGACCCUGAAACGACUGUCGGAAGUCUGGCAGAAGGUCUCCGAACAGGAUGAACUAAUCCAGGAGCUUCGAAAUAAGCUAGCCUGCAGUAAUGCUUUGGUUCUAGAGCGUGAAGAGGCUUUGAUAAAAUUACAAGCCGACUUUGCUUCUUAUACAGCCACCCACCGACACCCUCCUAGCUCCUCAGAAGAUUGUGAGGACAUCAAAAAGAUCCUGAAGCACUUGCAGGAGCAGAAAGACAGCCAGUGCCUGCACGUGGAGGAAUACCAGAACCUCGUGAAGGACCUGCGCAUGGAGCUGGAAGCCGUGUCAGAACAAAAGAAAAACAUCAUGAAGGAGAUGAUGAAGCUGGAGCUGGACCUGCACGGGCUGAGGGAGGAGGCGUCUGCCCACGUGGAGAGGAAGGAGAAGGAGGUUAUCAUCCUGCAGCACCGGCUGCAGGAGCUGCAGGCGCAGUUCACGGAGGCCCAAAAGCUUGGUUUGAAGAAAGACACGCUCCUCCAUGAGAAAGAUGAAAUGCUGCACGAGCUAGAAAAGGAACUGACACAGGUUCAGACAACCCUCCUGAAAAAAGAGAUGGAGCUGGAGAAGCAGCAACUCAUGACAACAGAACUCGAAAUCGCCCUCCAGGAGGUGAAGCAGGAUAAGUGCAAGGUGGAGUGUGGGACCCUGCGAGCUGAGAUCCAGAAGCUGAAGGACUUUCUUGAAGGUGCCCAGCAGCAGCUGAUACUAACUGCUCAGGAAGCAUCCCAAUAUAAAGAAGAGGCCAUGAUUGCAAAGACUAACCUGGAGGAAACCCAGAGGAAACUGCAAAGCUGCAUUCUCUUGGAGAACCAGAAGGCAGAUACCAUCCAGGAGCUGCAGAGAGAGAUUCAGCAGCUAAAGAAUUCCUUGAUGGCUGAAGAGGAAUUUGCAUCCCACAGGACACGGAUAGAGGAGCUGAAAUUGGAACUCUCUGAGGUCCUGAGGAAGCUUGAAAUUUCAGAAAAGGAAAAGAGGCAGCUUCAGAAGGCAGUGGCUGAGCAGGAUAUGACACUGAAUGAGCAGCUAGAGCGUAUAAAACUCCUUCAGCACCAGCACAGGGAGCUAACCAGCAUCAAAACCACUCUAGAAGAGGAGCUUAAGGAAGUAACAAGGUUACUGGAGGAGAAACGGGAACAACUGAAAAAAGGCAAAGAACAGGAGACGUUGUUGGAGAUAGAGAUUGAGACACUCCGACAGGAAGAAAAAAGGAAAGAAAAGCUGUCCAAAGAGACCUUGCGGAAGUUGGAGGAGGAGAACGAGACCCUCAAGGCCCAGGUCAGGCAGUGUUCCGCCCAGCUGGACUCCUCUCACUGCAGGCAGACCUCCUCCCAGAAAGUCAUCCAGGAGCUAAAUAACGAGGUAGCCCAUCAGAAGGAGGCCUUAGCAAGUCUGCAGGCCCAGCUAGACAGGGCUGUGCAGAAAGAGAAGAAGUGUCUGCAGACCAUGGUCAGUAAAGAAGUCUACGAUGAAUUGUCCCGGAAGUCAGUUACCUGCCAAGACGACCUGACACAAGCUCUCGAGAAGCUCAAUCAUGCAAUCUCAGAGAACAAGUCCCUGAACCGAAGCUUGACACAGGCCCAAGAUAGGAAAGCUCAGCUGGAAGAUGAAAUCAUGGCUUAUGAGGAAAGGAUGAAAAAGCUCAACCUGGAAUUAAAAAAACUUCAAGGCUUCCACGAGGAAAGUGAGCUAGAGGUACACGCCUUCGACAAGAGGCUGGAGGAGAUGAGCAACCAAGUGCUGCAAUGGCAGAAGCAGCACCAGUGUGACCUCAAGAUGUUGGCCGCCAAAGAAGAGCAGCUCCGGGCCUUCCAGGAGGAAAUGGCCACCCUGAAAGAGAACCUCCUCGCCGACGAGAAGGAGCCCUGUUGCCCGACCCAGCGGUGUGUGCCCAAAGACACCUGUAGGCUGCAUCGAGAGAAUGACAAGAUCAUGACCAACAUGGAGCAGUGGGCAAAAGAGCACAAGAUCGCCAAUGAGCAGCUAGGAGAAAAGCUCCGUGAACAGGUCAAAUAUAUCGCCAAGCUGACUGGCGAAAAGGACCACCUCCACAAUGUAAUGGUCCAUCUGCAGCAGGAAAACAAGAAGCUGAAGACAGAGAUAGAGGAUAAGAAGCUGAAAUCCGGACACCCGAGGUUAUGCAGUAAAACGCUGUGCACCAGCAAAACGGAGCCCAUGCAGAGGGCGAAAGCGUGUGGCACCUGGAGCUGGAGGGGGACAACCCAGGGCCUGAGCCAAAGAGUGGAUGUCACCAAGGUUGUCAGGACUCCGCACUGCUCAGAGCAGAUAGACAACUUCUGCUAGCCCUUCAACCCAGGACCAAGACAGAAGCCUUCCCAGGGAAGCAGCCAGAAGCCCUCUCUUCACGCCAGAGCCACGAAGUUAGUUUCCACCUGCAUUCCCAAUAAAGACGGUUAGAGGUAAAAAAAGAACGGAAGUACAGGUGUAGCUGGUGCUGCUGGUAAAGCCUGGCUUCCAAACUCAUCCCUAAAACUGACUUAAAUGUUAACUUAUAUUGAGCUAUAACAGAUGGAAAUUCAAAUCCCGGGAACAGAGUGAGGAAGGGAGUGGAACUAAGUCAGCAGCGUGAGCCAAGCGCCAAGGGGCUCUUGCUGAGCACUGGCCAGUACCCAGGUGCUUCUUAGCCCUGAGCCUGUCAGUGACGCAGCCCCAACACAGAACCUCGCAAGCAGCACAUGUGGCAGAAGCCCAACCCGAGGGAAUCACAAAAUAAGGACCAAAUACUCAGGUACCUCAGCAGACUUACGAGGCUGCUUAACAAGACUAGUGAUUCUAGCAUAAGAUCAUCUUUUAUGUGAAAAUCAAUAAGCAGCAUUUUACACUAUUUUCCAUCAAUACACAACCCUCACACAUGCAAAGAGUAGAAACUUCUGCCAUUCUGAGCAAUGGCCAACCCACCCAGGGAGGGGCAAAAGAUGCACAGAUGCUCACCUCCCUCUCUUCCCAGCCACCCACCAGCCUUAGAACAGCUUGGCACUCGCAGAGCUGGGUGCUGGUGGCCCAGAUCAUUCUCCUUCCCUGUCAGCGGUAUCCCACUCUGCCAACCCCUCCUCUAAGUGUCACUGCCUGGAGAACAGAAGCAAGAUGAACUAAGGUUCUAGCAGGAUCCAUCCAAAU